GCUUAAACGUGUAUGUUAAGUAACGUAAAGUAAUCUAAACUGAUUUUUUUAACGUUUCGCCGAAUAAUUGCUGUAAUAAAGUUUAAUAAGAGAAGAAAUAUUGCGGCUGUAACAAGGGUUUAUGGACCUUUUUAUUCGUUUUUUUUGAUACUAUCCAGAAUUACUCGAUUCGGUCCAGCUAUAGGCUAAGAAGAACUGGAAAAUUCUGCAGUAGCUUUUUACGAUAUCUCGAUCUUCGGAAGGAAGGCCAUGCAGCGUCGAUACCGUGUUCUCAAUGCUCGUCAAGCUCAACAAGCCGGUGAUCUACAAUUAGAAGAGAAUGAUCUAAUUGAAGAAAUUCGUAUAUUAGAUAAUGGGUUAAUUUUAUGCAAAAAUUCCACGAACAAUGAAUUGGGUCUGAUUUCCGCCGAUUCUGUUGAAUUACGAGCUACUCCAGAGCGGAGGAGUUCAACUUCUAGUUCAGAAUCAAGUGAAAGUGGUAGAACAACUCAAUUGAAGAAAUUUGCUUUGGUUAAACCGAUCAAAACUUCAGUCGCCAGUCCUACGAUUCAAUGUCAAAAUGAACUGAAUGAUCAGAAAAAUGUGUGGGAGACAGAUUUCAGGGGUAAAAAAACAAGGAAUAGAAGAAAUAAAAGAACUACCGUUAAAAGGAGUAGAACCUGUAGCGUCUUAUGUUCCGUGCUAUCGGCUUUGUUCAUAUCCAGUUUAAACCUUUUCCUAAUGUUCAGCUGGUUCGAUUAUUCACUUAGAACGUCUAUUAUAACAUCAUCGACUCUACUUUUCAUUUUAACCAUUCUCUUCAUAUCAUCUCGUCUUCUUCGAUGUACAACUGCUUUGAUGUUACCGACAGCCAGUACAUGUCAGGGUCGAAUUUCCUGUUUGAUCCUUCUUGGAGGAUUAUUAUUGAAGGGACCUAUUGAAAACAUAUAUGAUAACGUUGGGGAAAUUUGCAGAAGUUUAAGUUGUGCAACGGAAUUAUCAUAUAACCAAAGUGAAAUACUCUUACAACCGUUUGACGCUAUGAUGCAACAACUUAAUCAUACCAGUCGACAACUGCAAAGCGCCGCAAAUAAUAUAACUCGGCGAUUCGUACCAUUAAACGAAUCUCUUAUUCUAGCUGAUAAAAGUUUUAGAAAUGGGGAUGCAAUUAUGAAAGAAACAACUAAGACUUGCCGAUCAUUGGUUGCGGCUGCUUAUAAAGACUGUAAAAAUGGAAUAGUGGAAGCUAAGAGUCGAUGUGAUGAUUUAGUUAAAGGUAUAGCUGGUAUGGUUCAGGAUGCUCAGGAUUUCUUUGACAAACUACAAAAGAAUAUACCACCCGAACGUAUCGAAAAGCGGCGAGCCAAGGACAAAAAAGAUAAAGUGGAUAAGAAACGUCCGCAAGUGAUGUGCCAAUCUCUGAAAGGAGCCGAUGUUUGUUCGGUAUUAAGCAAUUCAUUAAGCGUAUGCUCCCAUUCUACCAAAUACGGUAAGGUAGCCGUAAGAACAGCAAUAAACGCUACACAGAGAGCUAUAGAAGAUUUAAGAAAUUCUUUACAUUUCAAAGCUGAACCUAUUUUGUUGAAGAGAAGGAAUUCUUCUAAGCAAAUCUCAUUUACGCAAAGUAUAGAAAGGGAUUUUUCUGAGAAGACACAUUUUGUCCGUGUAACAAUUAUAAUUUUACACAAGAUGGCGCCCCUCUCUUUAAUCUUGCUUGUUUUUACGGCUUGGAAAUAUCUUCAGAAUUAUAUUGUAGAUAUCAAGUUCGAUAAUUCUUAUAUAACUAGGGAAGCGUUACUUUUGGACGAUAGAAGACGAAACGUUGGAAUAGAGACGCUACUACCGCUAAAACGUCACGAAAGAAGAUAUGUCGCAGAUACAACUGCUACUUCCGACUUAACAUGUGAGGAGGAAACGCUGUAUUCUACCGGCAUAUGCGUCCUUUUUCUUCAUGUCCUUAUCUCUUUCGUAACAUACAUGUUCGACUACGUUCUCUACUGGAUCUUAUCAAUGAUAUCCGAUAGUGCUGGAUCAGUCACUAGCCGCGGGGUAAAAUCCAACGAUGUCCUAAUGGGAGAGGGCGCGCUGUUCGACCUACUCAAUAGGUUCAUAUCGUCCUUUCACUCAUCGGAGAAUUCUGCGUAUGCAUUAGCUGUUGAUUCAUCAAAGUGUACACCAAAACCUUCAGAGCCUAAAUUACUCUUUCUUUUCAUAUUGUUUCUUCUGUAUAUAGUUCUUAUUCUAACUAUCCUAUUUAAAGCCUACAUUUUCCGUUUUCGCCUUAAACUGGCUGCUUAUUUCUACCCAGAAAGACAGAAAGUCAGAUCGGCUUAUUUAUAUUCGAAGCUUCUAAAUUGGAGGAGGAAAGCCGAUUCUAGUUUGUCAACUAAGGUACGAGAGGAGCAACGUAAAAGAAAUUUAAGACAGGAGAUCGGUUUAUGUAAACGUCUAAGUAGAGCGUGUCCCGUUUUUAAAACGUUUUCGCUCGAUUCUAGACGUUGCCUUGCGUGCGGGCAAUUGGAGGAUAGGCGUUACAUCGAUUGUAAUACGCCCGAUUGCUGCGGUUUAUACUGCGAGGAAUGUUUUAGAGAUAUGUCAAACAAGUGCGCUCUAUGUGAAAGGUGUUUCGUACCAGUCAGAAGAGAUUUAACUGACGAAGAAGAAAUGAUGGUCCUAAGGGCAGAUAAAGUCUAUUUGUAAACUGGAAGCUUCAGUGUUGCAAUUGGGUUACAAUCUGAGUACUCUUUUUUACAUUCCCGUCUCUAUCAGUUUCAAAAAUAUUCUUCAUUCAAUCGGUUUAAUAUCUUAGCGCCAUCUGCCGAGUGUGCCGUUAUCUCUCCUUUUAAUGGUUUAAGCGACACCUGCUGUUUGAAAUUAACUUUGUUUUCUUGAAAAGAUAUCCCGUUACUUUGUUUAAUAGGCAGAAUAUGUUUAGUGAACGUUUUUUUUCGCUAAUACCGAAAACCUAGGUUAUCAAAAGGUUUACUUCACGAUGGAUAUCGUAUUCCCUACUAGAAGAAAUCGAGAGCUAAUCCGACAGAUGGCGCAAAGAACAUUUGUAUAGGAAAUGAGAUGUCGUUAAAUUAAAUAACGAAAAAAAAUGUAGUUAGCCGAGUUUUGGUUGGAAUGAAGUCAACUGUAAAACUGCACUUUGCUGAGCUUUUGUAUAUCUAUGACACUGAGUAAUUCGGUAUUGGCUUGAUGCACUUAAUCAAUUAGACAUCGUGCCACUUUGUCUAUUAUCCCGUAUAAUCUAUAUACAUUGGUCACUUCUAAGUCCGCUAAUUUUUAUAAAUACACUAGUAAAAGCA